AUACCAAAAAUGUCCUUAGAAUUUGAAAUGUUGGACAUCACAAUCCCAAGACAACAAACUAUAUCAAGAAAACGUCAAAUACCAAAAGUUCCAUUAUUUAUGAGAAUUGACAAUCAAAAAAGUGAUGACUAUGAUCCUAAAGUUGUUUCAUUGGGACCUUAUCACCAUGGAAAGUUAGAACUCAAUUUUGUUGAAGAUUUCAAGCCAAAGGCUCUAGAAAUGUUCAUUCAUGGAAGUAACAAAAAACAAGAUUUCUUCCUUGAAGAAAUUCUAAAGGAGAUUGAUGAUUUGAGAAGUUGUUACCUUGAAGAAUUCACGAAUAAGUAUAGCGACUAUGAAUUUGCACGAAUGAUGCUCGUUGAUGCAUGUUUCAUACUAAAUGACAUCGAGAUAUCAACAAGGUCUACACCAAAUUCUGCCUCUAAACAGAGCAACACUAUCAAACACCUUGGCAUUGCGGUUUAUUUGGUCACUAGACGUGACCUUUAUUUGCUCGAAAAUCAGGUACCUUUUUGCGUUCUCAAGCUCUUGGUUAAGUUGAGAUAUGACGAUGAUCAAGGUAGUGGAUAUCAUUCAUUUGAAGAGAAGGUAAAAAGCUAUUGUUCUCAAAUGUUUUUCGAUAAGCAAGAGGACAUCAAAAUGAAAGUAAACACGAUAAUUGAGACAGACCCCUCUCACCUUCUUGAAGUUUUCCGUAGAGUACUUGUCAAUGGUAGUGACGAUGAAGCUAAUGCCACAAAAUCACGUAGUUAUGAUUUCAUCUUUGAUUAUUUUCCCGAUUGUUGGAGGAAAAAUCAUGUACCACACAAAUCAGGAUUGCUCACAAACGUGUUUCGUUCCGUCAUGGAUUUGAAAUCAAAGGGGAUUCAUUUUAGGCCUAGUGGAAUUGAUUCAUUAAAAGGUGUGAGAUUUACAUCUCACUAUUACUAUGGAAAACUAAAACUCCCAUGUUGGUAUGUUUCAACAUACACUAAAGUAUUUUUUAUGAACAUGAUAGCAUAUGAAUUAUGUCCAAAUGGUCCAAUUGAUAGAGCUGUUGUGUCAUACAUAAAUUUCAUGAAAUCACUAGUGAUUUCACCAAAUGAUGUGAAAGAAUUGAGAGAAGAGAAGAUAAUAUUCAACACAUUGGGAAGUGAUGAAGAAGUUGUACAAGUUUACAAAGGAUUAAAAACUUAUGGGGCAGAUGAUCCAUUACUUUUCAAGAAUGUGAAGAGGAAUAUUCAAGAACAUUAUAAUAACAAAGGGAAGACUUGGAUUGCUGAAUUAAUUGAUACAUAUUUUAAUAGUCCAUGGUCAUUAACUGCUUUGAUUGUUACUGUUUUUCUUACUUUCUUGACUAUUGUUCAGACUUAUUAUGGUAGUCCAUUUUAUCAUUCCUUUCAUGAAUGAUAGAAU